AUGCCGCCGUCGUCCCAGAUUUUUGUCGACGACUUCGAGAGUUCCGAGGAGAUGGCCGUGUUUUUGCGCUCGCUACAAUCCAACAAAACCGCCUACAUGUCCUACUUCAAAUACCGCGAGCGGUACGGCGUCGACGAAAAAUUCAACGUUUACUGGGAUGCCCUGUGCGCGCAGCUGAACGAUCCGAAUUCGACGCUGCGCAACUCCAAGAAAACGAUCCCUGGCGACGUCUCCGAGACGUAUAUGAAAUGUCUCACGCCGCACUCUUUCGAGAAAGGCAACUACACACCCGAAAAUUUUGCCAACGCGCCGCACCACUUUGUGGUUGCCGUUGCGAAUGCGAAGCCCGAAGAUUUGAUAAAAUAUAAAGCAUCCUACCCCUACCGCGAGAUCCUCUCCUAUCGGUUGAAGCCGGGCCGUGACUUUUUCGAGGUCUUCAUCAACGAGACCGCCCAUUUGAUGCCAAUCUCCGCCUACAAAAAAGAAGGAGACGUCUUCUACCCGGUCGACGCGACGUUCCACAAUCGGCUGUGGCGCAACUCGAAGAAGUUGGAGUGUUUGAUGGGGCACCCGGAUAUGAAAGGCGUCGAGCCGAAGCUGCUGCCAAAGGAUCUCGAGUGGCUGGCCGCCUUCCGUGACCUGUGCUUCGAGAAAGCCGUCAUCCCGUUCCUCGCCAAGCGCACGCUUCUGGGCUGGCGUCGCCAGUGCGCCCUGCUCCCCGCCGCCGGCGGCUUCGAUUUGAACGUCUUCGACGAGGAAUUCCCGGAUGCCCUAAUUGCCGAUGAGGCCAAGCUGGCCACGAGGCGCUUGCGGGUUGAGCACACGUUUGGAAAACGGAGAUCCGGCACCUACGAGGUGCACCUGACCUCGAUGGAGCCAGCGGCGCGCCCCUUCGAGAUCCUUCUCAACCCCAUGUACAACGGAAAUGACGGCUACAACUUUGAGACGAUGAUCACCGGGGAGGGCGACGACGCCGUGCUGUGGGACCUCGAAUAUCCAUGGUUCGUGAAAAAUUUCUGCACGGCCGCGCUACAUGGCCACAUCUUCCAUGUGCCCUGCGACCCGUACCAGUUGAUUCUGGCAAAUUACGGGCCGAACUGGGACGAUAUCGAUGACUAUAAGUUGAAGAACGCGCGGAAACUGGCGCACGUCACCUUCACCGUCAAGGCGGGUCCGGCGGGUUGCGCUACCGGAUCCACGAGCAUCGACGGAAAUUGCCGAAAACGCCUGCCUGAGCUUUGCAACCACAAGGCGGCCAUCGCUGCCUGCGCGCAGCUCGACGCCAUCCUUCCCGAAAUCCUCUCCGCUCAGGAAAACUCAGCUGUCCACGCCAUGCUUCAACUUGAGGCCUUGCCAAAGGAGAGCGACAGUAUCCGGCUCGGGGCUGUCCGCAAUGGUCAAGGAAAACUGGACUUCGGGUGGACAAGCAAGGCGCCGAUGACAUACAAGAAUUUCAAAGAUGACGAGAUGGACAACAAGGGAGAUUGGGAGGAUUGUUUGAAUUGGGAUUAU